AUGUUACCUGUUGGAUCGACAGUUGCAGCGCUCAUUAUAUCAACUGAUAAAAUGCACCUGACCAAUUUUCGAGGGGACAAGAAGGCAUGGCCGGUCUAUCUUAGCAUUGGGAAUAUUGAUAAGGAAAAGCGGCGCAAGCCUACUGCACAUGCGACUGUUCUGAUUGGGUACCUACCCAUCGCCAAAUUGGAUAAUUAUACAGAGGCCACCUGCACUCAGGAGGGUUAUCGGUUGUUUCAUUACUGCAUGAAGAAGAUUUUGGCACCGCUUAUUGAUGCUGGGAAUAAUGGAGUAUAUGUUACCUACGCGGAUGGUUUUGUCUGCCAUGUCUACCCACUUCUGGCUGUGUAUGUUGCCGAUUUCCCUGAACAGUGCCUGGUGGCAGCUUGUAAAGAGAGCUACUGCCCGAGAUGUCGGGUGUUACCUGGAGAAAGGGGGAUGUUUGUGGAAUCAUUGUUAUGCAAUGAAGAAAGGACAAAGGUCAGACUUUCUCACAAGAAGUCUGGUCGGCGGGUUCCUGAAUUUAAUGAUGAAGGGAUUCAUCCAGUCUGGGAACCAUUCUGGGCAGAUCUCCCUCAUACCAAUAUCUUCUCCUGCUUUAUGCCAGACCUACUCCAUCAGCUUCACAAAGGGAUGUUCCAUGACCACCUCGUGAAAUGGUGCACUGAGAUAGCAGGGGAAGCUGAACUGGAUGCACUAGUGCCUACCACUUUUAUGAUAAAACCUGGGCAUUUGCCUGCACAGUCUUUUCAAUCCCCCCAAGUGAAAUAUGAAAUGAAAUGCCUAGGCUAUUUCAUUCUUGCUUUGCAUCUAUUUCAUUCCUACCCACCACAUUUUUCAUUUCUCCUUGGCAAUGAAAUGCAUUUCAUUCUUUUGCCUGUGCUUUUUCAUAACUUUUUCAUUCUUUGCCAACUUUAUUUCUUUUCUUUUCAUUCUUUGCCAGUAUCAUUUCAUUCUUUUGCCUGUGCUUUUUCAUAA